AUGUCUCAACCCCCCGCAUCCAAGGGGUAUCCACCACUACCAAAGGGCAUCCCGCAGCUGCCACCAUUUCCUCAACUCCUCCAUCUCAAGGACUCGCCUUCCUCGCGUUCCGCACGAUCCCACUCUGAAGGUAUCGUCGACGACGACAGUUCACAGAUCGUCAUGAGCGGCGACGAGGAAGAGCAGGAGGAGGUGGCCGGCCCCAAGGAGGUCAAGAAGGAGAAGAAGCCGCACGCUACUCGCCGCCGUGUCGUGCAAAGCUGCUCUGAAUGUCGAAGGCGAAAGAUCAAGUGUGAUAAAAAGUUCCCUUGUGGACCAUGUAUUUUGAGGCAAGAUCAGGCUCGCUGCCACGAGGUCGGCACUGCGGAGAAGCAGCUUGUUGCAUCUUCCAAUUACGCCACGACCCAAGAUCUUGCAAACCUCGCUCAUCGUGUCGAUGCUCUAGAGGCGGCACUCGUCAAGUCGGGCUCGAUUGUGCCCGCUGAUCUUGAGAGCUUCCUCUCGCAGAUCCGCACAAAGGUCCAGACAACACAGGCUGUGGAGCGGCCCCAUUCUGGGCGGGCCUCGACUGGUCUUGAAGACGACGACGACAACGUCAGCGACACGGAAGGGGCGGCCCUCACACUCGAGCACUUAGCGUUUGGUCGGUCCCGUGUCGACGGCUCCCAUUCACUGCCCGUGCUCGGCGGUCGCAAGGAGUCGACCAUCAGCAAAGCGCCAGGUCAAGGGUACCAUCUUGCUCGCUCAGGCGUUGCUGCUGGCGAGGGGGACAUGCAGUCCUUUGUCGCGGGUACCGCUUCGUACGACCUCCAACCUGCCCGUAACGAAGAGGAGCGCCGCUCGCGUUUCCUUGCGCUGUCCGAGGCCAUGGCUCCAAUGGACGUCUUCGACAUGUGCUACAAGAGGACUGAUAUCAUCCUCAACGCACUCACCCGAGUCCUUCCCACCAAGGAGCGCGGCGAGCUACUCGUUAACGCGUUCCUACUCCGCGUCGACUGGCUCCAUCGGGUACUGCAUGUCCCAACCUUCCUCAGUCAGUGUCGUGACCUCUGGGCACUCCCACAAGACCGCGUCGUGUACGAGAUCUCAAUGCCUUUCCUCGCCAUCUACUUAGUGGUCAUAACCCAGCUUGGUCUCCAUUUCAUGGACUCGGCGGAGACCGGCAAACACUUUAGCCCAGAGGAGGUUUCGGGUCUCUCGGACAUCUGGUACGCGGCCGCGCGUUCUGCACAGUGGGCGAGUGACUUUAUGGGGACCCACACCCUGGAGAACCUUCAAGCCACGAUUCUGAUGACCGUCUUGAUGAACAACCGCGACCGCGCGGACGCGGCGUGGGCCCUCCUUGGUGCCGCCAUCAAGAUUGCGCAGGGCCUCGGCAUUUCGCGUCUUGGAGCGGAGCAGCAGAGUGUCGAAGGACGCCCUCUGCCAAUGUGGAAGGGACGCUGGGAGAGCCUCAUCCAGCGCGAAGUCGGCCGCCGCAUCUGGUGGCAGCUCGUUUUCCUCGACUGGUCGCUGGCGCCGAGUUACAACUACGCGAGCAGUAUCCAGCCUGACCAGAUCAAGACGGCCCUACCUGCGAACAUUGAGGACGAGGACCUUGUCGACGACCAGCCUCUGCGCCCACAGCCCGUCAACGUGCGCACGCGUAUGUCGUUCCAGCUCGCCAAGCUCAAGUUUGCCGAGAUCAGCCAACGCCAGAUUUGGCAGGCCAACAAUAACAACCACCCGCCGUACUCGUUCAUCCUCAGUGUCGACCGCGAGCUGCGCAAGGCCAUGCUCGAGCUUCCGGCCUUCUUCCAGCCGGACGGCUCGGCGUCCAUUCCCCAGGACGCGUCCUCAGACCCCAAGAAGCUAGUCGAGCACUACGAGAAGAUCACCCUCAGUCUCGCGAUCCACUCGCGCAUGUUGCGUCUUCACCGCCCGUGGCUGUCGCGCGGCUACGAGGAUGAACGUUUCGCGUACUCUAAGGAGCAAUGCAUCCGCGCUGCACGGGCUUCGCUCCGCAUGAUGUCGGACGACAGCGGCGUCGCGCGCUUCCUCGAGAAGUGGUGGAUCCCGCUCUUCUAUGUCACGGUCUCGGGCAUGGUUGUCAUAAUCGACUUGUUGAAGACGACUCGUCGUGAAAUGAAGUCCAAGACGUACGAGGAGAAGGUGGCCGAGGUCAAGGGCGCGCUCAACCAGAUGCGCCAGAUCGAGUCGUCCGUGCCAGCACGUGCGGCGGUCAAGGUCAUGGACUUCUUGAUGAGCGAGGUUGAAGAGAGGCGGCGGCCCUCGGGCUCUAUCGCAGGACAGAAGCGAAAGAUCAUGCACGACGGUGAUGUGGCUGGCGACGAUGAGGAGCAUAACCUCCAGCGCGCAGUCAAGCGCCUCAUCCGCCAGGCCCAACUCGAGACGGACAGCCCGGUGUCCAACGGCGCCACGUCCUUCGUCUCGCCGUCCUCGGAAAACAUGAACAACCCGAGCCCCAGCAAAGGGGACCCGACUCCAGAGCGGCCAGUGUUCGGCGCGUACCCGAUGCCCUCAUCUCAGACCAACCCUCCCCAGGCUCCGCAGCCAGGCAUGGGUGACGGCACGCCUGCGCAGGCAAUGUUCCAAGGUCAGCUCGGGAUGCCGAACCAGAUGCAGGGCGGCUUCAACUUCAACGUCGACCCGAGCAGCGCCAACGCGGGCAUGUUCGGCAACCUGCCGAACCCCAGCUUCCAACAAGGUUCGCAACUCGACCCAACAGUCGAGUCGAUGCUCGCGUCCUACUUCCCGCCGCCCCAGACGAGCUCCCACCAGGGCGAGCUUGGUCCGGCUGGCGUCGCGCAGGUGCCAGACGACUUCCUGAGCCGCGUAUUCAGCUUCUCGUGGGACAACAACAGCAACAGCCAGAAUCAGAGCAAGAACCAGAACCCACAAACGAGUAGCCAGCAGACGCCGCUAACGACGUCGACGGGCUCGACGCCGAACCAGCAACAGAUAAAUCUCGGCAACGGGCCCGUUCCUGGGAUGCUGCAACAGCCGCGUCGCCAGGACUCGAUUCCGGAAUACGGCGCGUUUGACUGGCAGACACACAGCUGGAUGGCGUAA